CAAUGAGCACUCAACAGUUUCCACGACCUGGUGCACCUGCAUCAGGCCUGGGAGCAGGCCAGUCUUCCAUCACCAGCAUGCAGAACAGCAGUGGUCCAGGGGCAUCAGGCAGUAACACUGUAACAGCCCCCAGCGAUGAGCUGAAUCGGGAUGUGGAACACUUGCCCCGUGAGCAUUCUAAUCCAAUCCCUUCACUUCCGUUCCGAGAUGAGAAACAGGAGACUGUCGUGGUUCGGCCUUACCCACAGGUGCAGACUCAUGCACAGUCGCUACCAGCCGCACAGCACCAUCUGCCUCAGUCUGGGGUGCCUGUAACUCUGGGUGCUCCUCCCACACACCUAGCACAGGCCACCCAGCUCUCCUUCCCAGAAGGGCUAAUGAAGACCACCCUGAAGCCCCCCUUGCCCAGUCGGCCCAUUGCUCCAGCUCCAUCAUCUGGCCUCGGACACUUGGCUGUUCCUCCGAAGGUAUCAGGACAUGUGCCUGUUAGCAUGGACGCAAGUGUAGCACAGGCCUCUGCAAUCCCUGUGGCUACAAUCAGUGGGCAGCAGGGUCAUCCCAACAUCCCUCAUCUGAUGGGUACCAACGUGCAAAUGUCAAUCAUCCGAAACUCUGUUCCAGCUUCGCUCCAUAUUGGACCGUCCACAGCACAGCCACAGAUGUUCUCAUCGCAUGUGCCCAGAGGUGCAGCAGUAGCAGCAGCAAUAUCAAGUUCCAAAGUAACUACAGUCUUGCGCCCUGCUCCAGCACCGUUACCAACAGCUGGAAAUCCUCAGACUGCUGUGCAGCAUUCUCUGCACCUACCUAUACAGUCUCGCCCUCCUUCGACCACCUCUACAGCAAUCCCUCCAGCAGUGGUAGCAACCGUAUCUGCAACACGAGCCCAGUCUCCGGUCAUUACAACAGCAGCAGCUCAUGGGACAGAUGUGGCACACAGUCGACCAGCACUGACCAUCCAACCUCACCCGUCUGCUGCUACAAUUAGCAUCCAGCGCACUCAGCAACCUAGGGAUACAACAGCUCGAAUUACAUUACCUUCCCACCCAGCAGUGGCUGCCCAGAAACCACAGCUCCAUAUUACACAGAAAACAAUGUUCAGUACCGGGACACCAGUUGCUGCUGCUACUGUGGCACCCAUUCUCUCCACAAAUUCAAUCCCCUCUACCACAAGUCAGGGUUUAUUCCUUAACAUGUGUCAAACUACUUUUGCACGAUUGUAUUCACAGGGAAACAUGCAACGCUGCAAACUGGUUAUUGACCAGAUCACUGAGGCCAAAGAUACCAUGAUGAAGGUUCUGGAUCAUAAGGACAGAGUUCUGAAACUGCUCAACAAAAAUGGCACAGUCAAGAAAGUGUCUAAAUUGAAGAGGAAAGAAAAGUCCUAAAACCUCAUGUUGGAUAGUAUCUGUUUUAAAGCCACUGUAUAGAUGUUUAGUUUGGUAUCUAAAUAAAGCCGAGAUUUGCAGGAGAUGGAUAGGUUCUAUAGAACAUGAACACUGCUGCAGUGUGUCCAGUGGUCACAGCAGAAGACGCACUCACCUUCCCUAUAGCGCUUCCAUCGUUGCUCAGACAGUGAUAGGUUGAUUUCUAAGUCCCCACUCCCCUUUUAAAAUCAUGAUAACCUACAAAAAGGUUUUGAUUUUGACCCAAUUUAGACAACUUUGACUAACAAGGAAAUGUCAUCUGAGCUAAAAGACCAGAGCAAAUUCCUCCUAUGCUUUUUUUGGCACUCGAUAACUAUUCUGAAACAACAAAUUCACAUUGGCCCACAGUUUUGUCCUGUUAACUUGGUAUCACAGGGUUGUGAAUUUUAUACUAAUCGAUUAUCCGUUCCUCCUAAUUAGCCACAGCUCAUUACCUCUGUUGAUUUACAGAGCAAGAGUGUGUGCUAAUUCACUCAUCAUGAUAGCGACCUCGGUCAGUUGCUGGAGUUAAGAGGCCUGGCUGUAGGUCAGAUGUGAAGAAUGAUCCCAUUCCAGUGCCUGAAGUUAGUAAGCAUGCAAGUGCAAUGCAGGUGGCUGAGGAAGAGGUCCUCCAGUCAGAGUUUGUGUUCCCCUUCUACAGGUGGGAGAGGUUUGUAUCUUAGAGAGGGUGGCUUUCAUGGCCGUCCUUGGUGCUUGUUGAAUGUGACUCAUUGACCUGAAAGUCCGUCCCAUUUCAGUGGUCUGCUGUGACAACUGGGAGUGACUCGAAUUACUGUUUUCUCAAUGAGAAAAAGAAAAUCCCUAUAAUUUCUACAGUUUUCACCAAGGGGAGAAAAAGGUGUUUGCGAAUCAAACCCAUCUGCUGGUGGACCCUCACUGUGUUGUGAGUUUGGUGUGGCUCUCGACAGGACAUACAACAGAACUGUAAAUAUGUUACAAAGAGUAGCUUUAUGCUUUUGGUCCGCAUGGUGUGCAGAGGGAGUCAGUUCUCCACAUCUCCUUCUCUCUCACCAGGCUGAGUAGAACUGAGUGGUGCAUUAUUUCAGCACAUUUCUAGUUUCUCCCUACACCAGAUUCCUGUGCUGCUGAAGUACAAAAUCUUACCAUGUGAUUAUCUUUCUAUCAGAAGUUUCAAAAAAUGGAAUAACAGUUUUUUUUAAGCAAAAAUGAAAGCUCGCACAUUUCUUGUUAGACUUGGCAGCAUUUCUUCCUUCUCCGCACACCGCUUGCCUCUUAGCACAUACUCGAUGUGUUUGGUGUUUGACCAGUAGUGUUUGUAACUGAGAAGGUUGAGUAGGUAAAGCCUGGACUGCUCCCAUUGUAAGGUGAUCUUGUGUGAAAUGUUUGUAGUUUGUGUUGCAGUUUCUUGUACAUAUACACUUGGAGAUCAUUAAUAAACAGUACAAUCUUUUAUACCAA